CAUAAGAUGGAAUAUUCCUGGGCAAGACGACAGGAAUCCAAAUGUCUGCUGUCCUGGCUUCUGCUGCUCGCAGCCUGGCAGGCAGGGAGCGGCCAGCUGCGCUACUCGGUCCCCGAGGAAGCCAAACACGGCACGUUCGUGGGCCGCAUCGCGCAGGACCUGGGGCUGCAGCUGGCCGAGCUGGUGCCGCGCCUGUUCCGGGUGGCGUCCAGGGGCGGCGCGGACCUGCUGGAGGUGAAUCUGCAGAAUGGCAUCUUGUUCGUGAAUUCUCGGAUGGACCGUGAGGAGCUGUGCGGGCGCAGCGCGGAGUGCAGCGUGCACCUGGAGGUGCUGGUGGAGCGUCCUCUGCAGGUGUUCCACGUGGAGGUGGAGGUGAGGGACAUCAAUGACAAUGCGCCCGCGUUUCCAGCGACACGGAAGAAUCUGUCCAUCGCAGAGUCCAGGCCCCUUGACACUCGAAUUCCACUAGAGGGAGCAUCUGAUGCAGAUAUCGGUCAGAACGCUCAGCUGACCUACAGUCUGAGCCCCAGUGAGUAUUUUUCGCUGGAAAAGCAAUCUGGUAAGGAGCGAGGGCAAAGUCUUGGGCUUGUAUUACUCAAACCCUUAGAUCGAGAGGAAACUCCGGUAAUUUUUUUAGUGUUAACUGUCGCUGAUGGGGGCAAGCCGGAGCUGACCGGCACCGUUGAGUUGGUCAUCACAAUCUUGGAUGCUAAUGACAACGCCCCGAUUUUCGACAGAGACCUCUACGUGGUGAAAUUACCAGAAAAUGUUCCCAAAGAGACCUUGAUUAUUCAACUUAACGCAUCAGACUCAGAUGAAGGAUCAAAUGGGAACAUUAUUUAUUCAUUCUCACCCGAUAUUUCACAAGACCUGAAGUCGAGGUUCCAAAUAGACCCAAAUACUGGGAAAAUCGUAGUAAAAGGAACUAUAGAUUAUGAGGAAAACAGAUCCUUUGAAAUUCUUGUGGAGGGCACAGACAAAGGACAGCCUCCACUCUCUGGUCAUUGCAGAAUCAUUGUGGAAAUAGACGACAUCAACGAUAAUGCUCCUGAGUUGGAAUUCAAGUCAAUGACACUCCCCAUCAAAGAGGACGCCCCACUGGGCACAGUCAUCGCCCUCAUCAGCGUGUCCGACCGCGACUCCGGCCCAAACGGACAGGUCACCUGCUCCCUCGAGCCCCACGUGCCCUUCAAGCUGGUGUCCACCUACAAGAACCACUACUCGCUGGUGCUGGACAGCGGCCUGGACCGCGAGAGCGUGUCUGGCUACGACGUGGUGGUGAGAGCGCGCGACGCGGGCUCGCCCCCGCGCUGGGCCAGCGCCAGCGUGCGGGUGGAGGUGGCCGACGUGAACGACAACGCGCCACAGUUCGCGCAGGCCGAGUACACGGUGUUCGUGAAGGAGAACAACGCGCCGGGCUGCCACAUCUUCACGGUGACGGCGCACGACGCGGACGCGCAGGAGAACGCGCGCGUGUCGUACUCGCUGGUGGAGCGUCGCGUGGGCGGGCGCGCGCUGUCGAGCUACGUGUCUGUGCACGGCGAGAGCGGCCGCGUGUACGCGCUGCAGCCGCUGGACCACGAGGAGCUGGAGGUGCUGCGCGUGGAGGUGAGCGCGCGCGACGCGGGCGCGCCGCCGCUGGGCAGCAACGUGACGCUGCAGGUGUUCGUGCUGGACGAGAACGACAACGCGCCCUGGCUGCUGGCGCGCGGCUCGGGCGGGCCUGCGGGGGCGGCGGUGGCUGCGAGCGAGCUGGUGCCGCGGUCGGCGGGCGCGGGCCACGUGGUGACCAAGGUGCGCGCGGUGGACUUGGACGCGGGCUACAACGCGUGGCUGUGGUUCGAGCUGCAGGCGGCGCCUGCGGGCGGCGCGCGCUGCCCGUUCCGCGUGGGCCUGUACACGGGCGAGAUCAGCACGACGCGCGCCCUGGACGAGCUGGACGCUCCGCGGCAGCGGCUGGUGGUGCUGGUGCGGGACCACGGCGAGCCGGCGCUCACGGCCACGGCCACGGUGCUGGUGUCGCUGGUGGACGGCGGUCAGGCGUCGCCGUCGUGGUCGCGGGCAUCGGUGGCGGCUGGCGCCUCGGCCUCGGCCUCGGCCUCGGCCUCGGCGGGCGCGCUGGGUGGUGCGUCGUCGCUGGUGGACGUGAACGUGUACCUGGUGGUGGCGAUCUGCGCGGUGUCGAGCCUGCUGGUGCUGACGCUGUUGGUGUGGGCGGCGGCGCGGUGGUCGUCGGGUGCGGCGUCGGAGGGCGCGUGCGUGUCGGGUCCGGCGGCGGCUGCGGCGGCGGCGCUGGUGUGCUCGAGCGCGGUGGGGAGCUGGUCGUGCUCGCAGCGGAGGCGGCAGCGGGUGUGCUCUGGGGAGGGCCCGCCCAAGGCCGACCUCAUGGCCUUCAGCCCUUGUUUACCUGAGUCUGGAGAGAAAGAAGUUCAGCAUCCGGGAACUGAGGAUUCCAAUGCAAAGGUUAGUUGA